AUGGCAUACCCUCCAAACUUGUUAACAUCAUCAGGCUGUCAUGUACAGAUUUCUGUUCUCAACAUAAACACUGGGGUAAAACAAGGGUGUAUUGUUUCACCAUUCUUGUUCAUAAUUGGGAUAGACUGGAUCAUGAAGAAUGUGGAACAUCCAGGAAGAAAAGGGAUCCAGUGGACUUUCGCAAACAUGCUCGAAUACCUGGAGUUCGCAGACGACAUCUGUUUACUUUCUCACCGCCAUAUACAUGCCAAGACACAAGACCUAGCAACCACUGCAGAGAAGACUGAACUUAAGAUCAACAUUCCUAAGACAAAACUCAUGAGAAUGAACACCAAGUCCAACAAAUCCAUCAUCCUUCAUGGUGACAAAGUUUCAGAAGUUGAUGACUUGACCUACCGUGGCUCUAAGAUGACAGUCGACAGAAACAGUGAAGCCAUGAAAAAUUGA